CUGAAACUGAAUCCAUAAAGUGUACGGAAAUGGUAGAGACUCCUAAUUAGGAAAUCGAGAACAAGAUCCCGAGUCAUUCUCUUGAUAUUACUCUGGGCUCCACCAUCCCUUCCCUUUUGGCUUCCCCCCAUGAUUUGCCUCUUCGAAAUAGGAAAUAGACUGCAUAGAAAAUACAAAAGCGUCCAAACCUCCGGUCGUCCAGGCUUUUUUUCUUAUAAUCUCACGGCUUAUGGUCAGCUUCUUUCAGCUGGUCAUUCGGUCAAGGGACAUUUAGCGCGGAGACAUGGGUGAAUGAACAUCUCAGGGUGGAUUAUCGAAGCAAGAAUUCCUCCAUAUUCCAACGAUUCCAACAAAUCCAACAUUUCCAGCAUUUCCAGCAUUUCCAACCUUUCCCCAACACUACUUCUCGAAUACUCGAUACUCGACCGAAUCUAGUUGGGGCUCGGGUUCAACCCGCAAACUUCCUUAGUCAACCUCCAAUUUUUGCCUUCACUCAAUUUUCAACCCAACCCCGCCCCCUCCGAUAUUUUUGAAUGGAAUCACAAUGGCGAGCGGAACCGAAUUGCACGAUGCAAUGAAGUCAAUCCCUUCUACAUCGGAGGACGAGAAUCAGGACCAGAUCGGGUCAAAUGGGUCAACCCCUACGCCGACUGGGAUCGCUACACCGGAACCCGAUCCUGCGGACAAGCGUCUGCCUUCCAUAAUGCACAACUACUUCCAGGUUGGUUCUAUCUCUGGUGAUAAAGCGAGUUUGCCGCGGUUUUGGUCAUGCCUGUCGAAAUCCUCUGAGGACCCUCAAUCAAAUGCGCUCCCACCCUCCGAUCCCUCCGAGUCCUUUGUCAUGAUGGAGCAGGAAGAUGGGUCUGAUAAGAUGACGGAAACUGUUCCUGCUGGCCUGCCCACUCCUCCUCAUUCGCUGUUGCAACACGACUCAGAUGAGAUGGAACUCGGGACGAGUCCAGGCACCUCAUCUAUCUUUAAUACCCUGAAGAGUUACCUCAUUCCACCCGCAACCCCCGAUGAUUCUUCCCGCCGUCAAACUUCCCUUCCAGUCUCCAGCGUUUCUGACGACCCCGUCCUUGCCACACACUUCUCCAAUCCUUCUCUCCCCUCCGAUGCCUUUUCCCUGACCGAAUCUCCCCUCCUCGACCAUGAGAAACCGCAUGUUUCAGUGUCUUCCGAGAACUUGGCCAAGCUAACUGGAAACGCGCCCGACGGGUCGCGUCUUAAGAACACCCCGCCCCUUACCCCCAGGGCCAUGUCCAACGAAGUCCAAACCUCCCAGCCAAAGGAUGUCACGCCAGUCACGCCAGCUGAGCCAGCUCCGCAAGAGCCCGAACCAGAAUCCACCACGGACGACAUGGAAAGCUCCACUGAUGAGAUCACUAUGAAGCUCGACGAGGCAUUCCCCUCCCAAUCUGCAACAUCUACAUCUCCUGCCAACGGUGCACCCACGGGUCCAAUCAACGGUAAAUUGUUUGUGAAGAUUACCGACGGUCGAGGAUUGCGGCCGAGUUUCGAUCCCUAUGUGGUGUGCGUUUUUGAAUGGAAUGAGUACAUCUCCAAAGGUGCUCGUGAUGGUGAGGAAGAAACAAAGAGACGCCAGCUUGAGUCGGAUGCCGAAGAGGCUGCUGCUGGCCGACCGAUGGCCAUUCCCAUGAAGAGCCGACAGAGCAGUCACAACAGUGCCGUGGAUGGUGAUCACAAGGGACGGACGCCUGUCACGGACCCCCACUGGGAUCACGAGGCAACUUUUGAUGUUAUGGGAGACCAGUCAGAGCUUGAUGUCACAGUUUACGACCGCAACAACCAAGAAGCUUUCCUGGGUCAUGUACGGCUCUGCAUCAAUCUGAAAGAAGAUCACAGCAGGUUAGAAGGGUGGUUCCCCUUGGUCGCCCGUGGCGCCGGAGACAACCAAGUGUCGGGAGAAAUCCACCUCGAGAUGAACUUUGAGAAGACGGAUCGGAAGCAGGUUGGGCCGAACGAUUUCCUUAUCCUCAAGCUGAUCGGAAAGGGAACUUUCGGUCAGGUUUAUCAGGUCAAGAAGAAGGACACUCAGCGUAUCUAUGCUAUGAAGGUUCUGUCAAAGAAGGUUAUCAUUCAGAAGAAGGAAGUGGCACAUACACUUGGAGAGCGCAACAUUCUUGUGCGUACCGCUAUGACAGCAUCUCCAUUCAUUGUGGGCCUCAAGUUCUCCUUCCAGACCCCGACAGAUCUGUAUCUUGUCACGGAUUACAUGUCCGGCGGUGAACUGUUCUGGCAUUUGCAACGUGAGGGCCGAUUCCAGGAGGCCCGGGCGAAGUUCUACAUUGCUGAGUUGAUUCUGGCUCUGCAACAUCUUCACGACCAUGACAUUGUGUACCGUGAUCUCAAGCCGGAGAACAUUCUGCUGGAUGCCAACGGUCACGUCGCUCUUUGUGAUUUUGGUUUGUCCAAGGCCAAUCUGACACAAAAUGACACUACCAACACCUUCUGUGGUACCACUGAAUACCUAGCCCCUGAGGUGCUACUUGAUGAGCAAGGAUACACGAAGAUGGUCGACUUCUGGUCUCUGGGAGUGUUGGUCUUUGAGAUGUGCUGUGGAUGGAGUCCAUUCUACGCCGAGGACACUCAACAGAUGUACAAGAACAUUGCCUUUGGCAAGGUGCGAUUCCCCAGAGAUGCCCUUAGCACCGAGGGCCGGAACUUUGUCAAGGGUCUGCUGAACCGGAACCCCAAGCACCGCUUGGGCGCCAAUGGUGAUGCUAAGGAGCUGAUGGCUCACCCAUUCUUCCACGACAUCAACUGGGAGGCACUUUGCCGCAAACAGGUGAUCCCUCCAUUCAAGCCCCAACUGCAGUCCGACACCGACACCUCCAACUUUGACCCGGAGUUCACAAACGCGCUGGAGAACAACAACUCGCUGAACCUCCGCGCAGCUGCCUUGGCCAACGGCCUGAUGCCCGGCUCCACACCUCUGUCCCCCGGAAUGCAAGCCAACUUCAAGGGAUUCACCUUCGUCAACGAAAGCUCCAUCGACCACCACUUGAAGGACGAUUUGAGCGAUCACAUGGAAGAAGAUGCGAUGCAUGACGGCGGGUACCAGCGAUCGCACCGGUCCGGCAACUCAGUCGACCAGCGCAUGGCAGGCGUUCAGAAGACGCACGAUGGCACAGAACCCGGAAUCUUCAACGUUGACGAUACCUUUGACAUGUGAUUACGUUUUUCAUUCAUCUCCUACUGCAUGAUCAUAGAGUCUUGAUCUGGCAUACAUUUUCCUACUUGUCCUGUACAUGCCCUCGGAUGCAUCACUUCAGCCCGCAAAUAUAUGUUGCUCUUUCCAUCUGCGUUUCCCUAUUUUCAUGUCUCAAUCUUCAUGUCUGAUGUCUGUCAUGUCCAUUUCUUAUUCGGCUAUCUGUUAAGGUCUCUCAAGCUGGUGUCUAACCCAAUGUUGCUUUCCCUUUCAGUCUGGUUUCUAUCCUGGCAACUAGUCUGCGAUUAUACCACGACACAUCAUUUCUUCUAGACAUGAUCCGCGAUUCGUGAUUCUUGAUCCCAGCUUUCUGCCAGCUAGUCCCCAGCCACAUACCCCCUUCUCCCGGGUCUCUAUUUUUCAUCAUUCAAACAUGUCUCCCGGGGGAAUUUGCGUGUUUGGAGUUGGGUUUUGGGUAAUUUCAUGUGCCUUACUGAAUUGGUAUGUCGUUCUGGGCGAUUUAUCCCUAGUACGCGCCUUUGCUUCUCUGUCUUUUCUGUCUUCGGUCUCCAGCGCAGUUAUUGAUAGCUUGUUUUUUUGAAUCUCUCUAUCUUUAUCUCUAUUUUCUGGGAUCGUUGCGUUUCCUCAGUCCGAAUUCUGAUACCAGCUCUUUUGCUUGCUCAUACUCUAUUCCUAUCUUAUGGCAUCUUAUCUCUUCUUAUCAUGGUGGUAUUGGUAAUUUCGUCCUUUAUGCCUG